ACAUGUCCCACGUGCUGCAGCACCAGCUGCUGCCCAUCCAGGCCAGGCUGGGCACCAUCGCGGAGGUGGACCUGGGCAUGGCCCCCCCGGUGAUGAAGAGCUUCAAGGAGUUCCUGCUGUCCCUGGACGACGCGGUGGACGAGACGGAGGCCGUCAAGCGCUACAACGACUACAAACUCGACUUCAGGAGGCAGCAGCUGCAGGAGUUCUUCCUGGCACACAAGGACGAGGAGUGGUUCCGCUCCAAGUACCACCCCGACGAGGCGGGCCAGGCGCCGGCAGGAGGCCCAGGCGGCACUGAGGAACCGCCUGGGGGUGUUCCUGUACCUGUCCGAGCACGGCUGGUUCGAAAACCUCCUGCUCGACAUCGACAGGGCCCCCAGAUCGUCAAGACCCUCGAUGCAG